CAGCAACCCACGGCUCCGUUGCAUGACGACGCUCUCAGCUGGCCUGGACGUGCAUCUGCGGCUUCACGACAUGCGACGAUAGGACGGCCCGCCAUGUCGCUCCUGCAGAACGAAGACUUCGUGCUCUUCCAGCUGCGCAGCGCGUACCUGUCGGCGAUCAAGGACGGCGUCGGCGAGCGCCUGAUCAAUGUAAACACGGCCGUCCUCAACAACCCCGCCUUCCGCGCCGCCGGGUGGGUGCCCAAUGCCGCCGACAUCAAGCGCACCUACUCGCCGCCCAUCCCCACCGCAAUCACCUCCGAGUACUUCCAGGCCCCGCGCUCGGCCGGGCUCAAGCCCCCCGAGGGCUUCGAGGAUGACGAGGAAGGCGGCAUGGUCACGGGCGGCGGCGGCAGCAACGACACCGUGGGGCCUACCCUGAAUGCGAAGCGCCGCCGCCGCCGCGAGCAAUUGGACGAGGACGACAGCAGCGACCUGAGCGACGAGAGCGACGAAGAGGACGAUGCCAGGCCCGCCAACCAGAUCAAGUUCCAGAAGAUGCCCGUCCGCACCCGCGCUGGGUCCUCGCCCAUCCGCGGCUCUGCCCUGAGGAGCGGACUGAACGAGGCAGCCGAAGGCCCCUCGCUCAUGGUCACGUCGCCUUCGCGGCCUCCUGAGGCUGGCCUGCGCCGAGGCUCAUCCGACGGCGUCCAGAGCGUCACCGGCCGCCCCCGCAGAGACACCAUCACCAGCAGCGAGAUGUCGUCCGAGAAUGAGAUGGACUCCCUCUCCUUCCAGAAGCGAAGAUUGAACCCCCGCAAGGCUGCCAAGGCCAAUUAUCUGCUGUCGCAGCGCAUGGGCGAGGAGGACAAGGAGCCGCUGGAAGCCCUCGACGAGGGUAAUGAAUCAGACAGCUCCCUUUCGUCGGAAUUCUCCGGCACAGCUGACAGUGGCUCCUUCAUAGGUGAAGGUGACGAUCCGCUCGACUCUUCACCCCCGACCGAGCUGCCCAACAUGCCUAAUCUGACGCCUUUCGCCAGCAACUCUCCAAAGAAGCCCAGGACGCAACUACAACCCACGUUACAAGCACUUCCUCCGCCAAGACCAAUCAGCUUUAUACCUCCAGUCAGCGCGUUAACACAGGCACUUCAAGCCAAGGAGCAAAAACCCUCGAACCCCUUGCAGCGAUUCGCCGCCUGGGAUGCGGCCAGCGAGGCCAAUUCGAAUCCCAUUUACAUGAAGCUCUACUGUCCAUUUUCUUCCAAGCCGUCCAAAGCCCUCGAACUACUCAUAAGGAAGACUGCCGAUAAUGGCCAGGUCGUGACUGUGGCAGAGGCCAUUGGCUAUGCCUUGUGGCGAUACCAGGAAGAGAAGUUGGAGCCUCCGUUGGCUCCGGACAAGGUCAAUGUGAACUGCUGGGUGCUGCGCAUGUACGACGACGGCGAGAUUGAUGACGAAUUUCCUCCCUUGACGCGAAACCGCCCACUCAUGGACUUUGCUUCCAACAACAGUAGGGGUAUGCGACCGCGCGCUAGGGAAAAGCCAUGGGACGAAUUUGGUCUCGUUCAAGCGACCGACCGCGAGAUGGUCGAGAACGAGAAGAUCACUCCCGACUUCAGUCGCGAAGCGGCCGCUGCGGUGGCUGCUUCGCAGACAUCAGAGGAAGCUCCGAGACUUAAGCCGCCGCCACCAAAACCGAUACCGUCACGCGCCAAGAGCUUCCGCAAUCCCAUCACCGGGCCUUCUUUCGCGCCAACGGCUACCCGCAAGGACACUUCGAACUUGGCAGAUGCUCCCACAAUCUCCAAUGUAACGUCCGCUAGCCGCACUGGGGCCCCCAAGACUCUCACCGUCCACUAUACAGACGAACACUUCAACAACAGGCGCAUUCCCAUCCCUUGCACAACGGACACCUACAUCGCUGAAGUCUUCGAUCAAGUCUGCCGCGACCUCCGGCUCGACAAGGGUCUCUUUGUCCUCAAGGUAUCCGCCAGCACCACGGUCGCGCCGCCUGAUCGCACAGUCGAGGCCCUGGGCUCACGCGUCGACCUUGACCUCGUGCGCCGUCGCUUCGUAGGUGACGGUGUUUUUGGUAUUGCUGGCAGUCCAGGAUCAUCGUCUCCUAAUGCACCCCUCACCAUUGCUACAGGUGGUGCCCCCAAGAAAACCAAGAAAGGCGAACGUACCGCCGCUGCUGUGUCCGGCCACGGACUCAUCCAUCCGCUUGCCAAGCACAACGACUCGAACGCAGGACUAUCCCUCCCGUCGACUUCAUACUACAAACGCUGGCCCGUCAUGCGCAAGCAGCCCAUGUCUUUCGCGUCUUCCACAUCACGGACACUUGCACUAGACAACGAGUACAUUCACAUCAUGCCCGGCGAAACAGGGAAUACGAAGCAGAUCUUUGACCAGCCGGCCAAGACGACAACAGUGCACUUCUCGAGCGUAGUCGGCAGCAAGGUCAGCAAGAAGCACCCGAAGAUGUUCAGGGUCGUUGUGUUCAAGGAGAAGGAGACAAAGCGGUACGACUUCGAGGCGCAGAACCAGCAGGAUGCGGUGGACAUCGUGAAGGAGAUCAAGAAGGGCGUAGAUCGCUUCCACGAGGGCAUUGUGUAACUUUAUGUGAGCGAUGCGUUCGGGACUCCUCGGAUACGGGCUUUGGCCAAUUUGCUUGGUAUGCGCAGUCUGUUACGAAUACGACUAUAUCGAAGAAUAUGACGUUCUCAAGUUUGCAACGUCCCAAUGUAUUUGCUGUCCUCCUUAAGCAUGAUGUGAAACCCGCGACCACAGUAGCUUCACCCCCUCCACACCGCCUCGACGAGACUCAGCGACGCACCCGCAACCGCAGUCACGCUCUG